AUGUCUGUGAUCACGUCUGAGAUCACGUCAGAGAUCACGUCUAAGAUCACGUCAGAGAUCACGUCUAAGAUCACGUCUGAGAUCACAGAUCAUGUCAGAGAUCACAUCAUGUCUAAGAUCAUGUCAGAGAUCAUGUCAGAGAUCAUGUCUGAGAUCAUGUCUAAGAUCAUGUCUAAGAUCAUGUCUGAGAUCACGUCUAAGAUCACGACAGAGAUCACGUCUAAGAUCACAUCUUAG